AUGUCCCCGGAGAACCGCGACGCUGGCCCAGAUGUCUCACGAUUUCCUUUUGAUACAUACGCGGGAGUAAACCUUCCACAGCUGUAUCCGCAGAUGCCCACGUCGGAUAUUAGGGCAACACUCUCAGGUGCCCAAGGAGCUCCAUUAAACCAUCAGUUUCAACCUGAGAUACCAAGCCCUAGUAUCAAUAUGGGUAUGAUGGUUGCACAUAACCAACAGCUACAGUUGGGGUUCACACAGCCCUACUUGGAUCCCGCAAUGGCAUCAACGAUCAACUGGCUUUCGAACGAUUUGUUACUUGAUACCACUGGUGACCGCCCUACUGGAAACCGUCCGCCCCCGCAAUCUUCGCAAGGAGGGACCAUCGACAGUUCCCUGGGCCAGGCAUCAUGGCUUCCCCCAGUUAUCAGUGCGGAAAAAACUAGUCCAUCUUUACCAGAGCAUGUUUAUCAGACACCUUCUGGAAACACUUCGCUAGGUACUGAUGUCGACAGCCCCAGACUCUUUUCCCGCGAUGCUGCUCAAUCAUCGACGCCCCAGUCGAGGCCUUGCAACGCCUCCCAACGGUCGGCAGAUUCGUACAUAGACGGGGGUGGCGCUCGGCUUCCAAAAUACAGGCGGAAGCAGGAUCCUGGACUAAGACCUACAGGUCUAAUCGAUAUUCGGUCUCAGUUACGUCGAGCAGGCGACCAGUCUAAAUUCUCGUUCCCUACCAUCCAGGGACUUAGGGAGGAAACUUCAUCUGAGGAAGUAGCCUUCAAUUUUCAACUCGAACCUGCAACGUAUGACAACAUUUACCAGGUCUUUAUCCAGCUGUGUUGCACCGAGAAUUUUCUCUAUCCCAAGUUUGAAAACAAGGACUUUCCCCCUCGAGAAGCCCUGUCAAAGUUCGUCGAACUUUACUUUGGCUCUUUCCAGACAGUAUAUCCAAUCUUACAUGGCCCUACUUUCAAUCCGAAUACAUGCCAUUGGCUAUUGACAAUGGCCGUGUCAGCAAUAGGCAGCUAUGCUGCUGGCAUUGAUGAACAAGAUAAUUGCUCUGCAGCAUUUCACGAGUUUCUCCGGCGAGCUAUACGUAUUGAGCUUUUGGACUGUAUGCUUGCAUACCACUUCGAAAGUCGGUUAUUGCUCUCCCUUGAUGAUGGCCAAGCUCCACUGCCAUCAGACGAAAACCUCUGGCGAGCAAGCUCCGUCGAUGCCUGGAAACGACUUUACGAUAAGACUACAGGCCAUGAGGAGGUUUCUCUCUACAACGCCGUGCUUACGUUGUAUAUCGAGAAGAAGCUUGUUGCUAAUAUAGGAGAAUUCGGUCACAUCUUGUUAGUCCAUGCGCUUUACCGUCGGAUGUGGGAGGUGGGGGAUUAUUUUCGCCGUCCUUUGUCGUUCUGGAAUCCAACUGCCAAGAAGCAGCCAAGGGAGGCUGCAAUCCCCUCGGGGUCUGUUUGGCUACCAGGUAUCCCUUCGUAUUCGAGAUGGCGUAAUAGCGCAUGCGAUUGCCUGGAUAUUCUCCAUUGGGCAGCAAAUAGCACGAUAGCUAAGGCAUCUGGCCUCGAGCACCCGACCGUUCUAUACCUUCACGAGGCCCGGAUUAUAUUGCUCGUACCAUUUCAUGAGAUUAGGACCUUGGUAACCUCUAUAGCAACAGAGAAGGUUCGAUGGAGCGCGCGCCAGCAGACCAUUGAGUGGCAUUAUAUACUUCGUUGGAUCAAACAUGAUCAGUAUAAGGCUCGGCUCGCAGUUAUACACGCAGGCGCAUCUUUGUGGCAUGUGCGAAGAUACUCGACCGAUGCAUUUCAUGAGCCGGUAGCUGUAUUUCUUGCGAUAAUUACACUAUGGGCUUAUGGCAUGUGUCAUUCGCAGGUUUUUCCAGAUAUGAGGCCCCGUGGUGGGACAGAUGAGAACCUACCCAGCGAGCCCACGUUCUUCCAUAUUGACCGUCCUUGUGACGACGAGCUGGUCCAGAUCUUUGUUCGAGGAGGGCAAGGGAUGAAGGGUAAUGUGACUGGUGUGGGAGAUAUAUGUGCUCCCGAAGGUCCUAAACGGAUUCUCCAGGUUGGCUGCGAGACGCUCACUGGCCUUAAUUCCUGGGGAAUAUCUAAGAGAUUUAUUGCAAUCCUGACAAGGCUUGGAGACUUGAUGUCAUGCGACAAAUAG